CUCAUAAAGCAAGGGGCCAUACAUACACAGAAGAACAUCCACACAAACCCUCUCAAAAACAUUCUUUUUCUUCAGCUUUUGUAUCCAGUUCAAGAAAAGCGGUUUUUUUUCUCUCUUUUUGAGAAGAACAGUUUCUUCUACCUUCGCUUCGCUUCAGCCAUGGACACUGCUCAAUGGCCACAGGGAAUUGUGGUGAAACCCAUAGAAGACAUAGUAACAAACACAUGCCCUAAGCCUUCUCAUGCUAAUAAUCUAGAGAGGAAACUUGCAAGGCCUCAGAAAGAAUCUGCCCUAAACUGUCCAAGGUGCAACUCCACCAACACCAAGUUCUGUUACUACAACAACUACAGCCUCACACAACCCAGAUACUUCUGCAAGACCUGUAGAAGGUACUGGACUGAUGGGGGGUCCCUCAGGAACAUCCCAGUCGGGGGAGGCUCAAGGAAGAACAAGAGAUCAUCAUCUUCUUCCUCAUCCACCACAACUUCAAGCAUUUCGAACAACUCAUCAAAGAGGCUUCCUGAUCUGAUACAACCCCAAGGCAACCAAGGUAACCAAGGCAACCAAGGCCAAGAUCUAAACCUGGGUUUUCCAUCCAAUCAAGUUUUUGCACAUCAUCAAAUCCCAAACAUUGAUCAGAACGGUGACAAGAACAACAACUCUUCUAGCACUAGCACUACUACCACAGCAUCUCACCUCUCAGCUUUGGAGCUUCUCACUGGUUUGACCUCCAGGGGUUUGAACUCCUUCAUGCCCAUGCCAGUACCCAACUCAGAUCCCAACCGCAACAACAGUGGAAGUGUGUAUACAUCUGGGUUUCCCAUGAGUGAGUUGAUGAUCAAGCCAACCCUUAAUUUCUCUCUUGAUGGGCUUGGAAGUGGGUACGGAAGUGCUCUACAAGGUCAUCAUGUUCAAGAAAAUAAUGGGAGGCUUUUGUUUCCAUUUGAGGAUUUAAAACAAGUUUCAGGCAGUGGUGGUAUUGAUCAUCAUCAGCAGAAUAACAAGGAGCAUCAUCACGGUGGAGACUCAACCGGGUAUUGGACUGGAAUGUUUGGAGGAGGAACAUGGUAAAAGUUUGAGAAGAUCAAACUAUCCUACUCUUUUCUUUCUUUCUUUCUUCCUGAUUUUAAUCUCUAUUUAUUAUCUUCUUCUCUCUCAUGGUGGUGGGCGACUUAUUUGGAUUUCAGAGUUCUUAAGUACUAACAGAUCAUAGGAUACCUGGGGGUUUUCUUAAUUUAUCACUUUGGAUUUCUUCUUAUUUGUCUUGGUUUAAUUAUGGUGGGUUAUUUUCUGGAGCUUA